CAACCAAUGAGAUUGGAGCUUUAUUCCGUGGGUUCUUCGUGCUGGGUGGCCUGGUUUUAUUUGGAGUAGCAGGUUAAAAUCGGUUUAAAAGGCAUGAACAUGUACGCAGUUCCCAGUCCGGGAAUUCCAGGCUGUCCGCCAGGAUUAGAGUACCUGACACAGGUGGAUCAGCUACUCAUCAAACAGAAAGUUGAGCUUGUUGAAGCCCUUGUUGGUUUUGAAAGCAACAACAAAUAUGAAGUUCGGAACGUAAUGGGUCAGAAUGUGUUCUAUGCUGUGGAGGAGAACGACUGUUUGAGUCGACAAUGCUGCGGUCCUCUACGCUCCUUCACCAUCCAUGUUCUCGACAACUUCGGCCAAGAGAUGAUCACCAUCACCCGGCCGCUCAAGUGCAUGUCCUGUUUCUUUCCCUGCUGUUUACAAGAACUGGAGGUUCAGGCUCCCCCUGGCAACACAGUGGGCUAUGUGAGGCAACAGUGGCACCCACUGUCCCCUAAAUUUAUCGUUGAAAAUGAAAAUAAUGAGCCUGUUUUGAAGAUCAAUGGGCCCUUCUGUGGAUGGAGCUGCCUUCCAGAUGUUGACUUUGAGAUUUUGACAAUGGAUGAAGUCAGUAAAAUUGGGAAGAUCAGUAAACAGUGGACAGGAUUGCUGAGGGAGGCAUUCACAGACUCAGACAACUUUGGGAUCCAGUUCCCCAUGGAUCUUGAUGUGCGGAUGAAAGCUGUGAUGAUCGGAGCAUGUUUUCUCAUCGACUUCAUGUUUUUUGAGACCCCCAAUUAGAAGCCAAACAGGAUUUUCACUAAACACUCCUGGAGGAACAAAGCCACAAAGCCAUGAAGAUCUAUCCUCAAAUGCCGUAACUUAGACCAACCUUCAUUGGAUAGUUUAAAAGAAUGCGUAACAACGUGCUCCAAUCUUCUUAGAUCUGAAGGAAGAAAACAAAGCAGGUUUGUUUAAGGCUUAGCUGCUCAGGUUGGUUUUGCAGUCGAAUUUCUGGACUCGUCCCAGUGUUCUGUUUUUGUCUGAGCUAUGACAUUGCUGUUAGGGCGUUAUAACUUUCAUUUUUAUUUUUAGUGCGCGUUUACUAACCCCAUCUGGGAUGAAAACUUUCAAUAGCUCCUCCGCCAUUAAAGGUUUACAGCAGGAAAACAUCCGUUAAACAAGAAAGGAACACAACUAAGUGCUGCUAUGAAGUUUAGAAAACAAAUGAGUGUCGAUAUGGUCAGUGUGCAAAGGAGUCCACCUUUUUAGUAACAUGCCUACAUGGAUGUUUAUUUAAACUGUGAUUGUUGCUAUGUUGUGUGGGGACUGAAGAACUCAUGUCAUGUAGACGUUUCAAUAUUCAGCACCCUUCGUUUGUUUACACAUUUUUAAAGCAUUGCUUUUUGUGCACUAGUUUGCAGGCAUGUCAGUGAAUUUUGAGUGAACAUGUAACUUACCCAGAACAUUAAUUAUUUUAGAAAUUAUAAUGUGAGUCAUAAAAUAUUUAUGCAUUGCCAUGUUUAUAUUUAUUUUGUUUAACAUGAACUCACAAUGCAAUCUAUGUAUUUUCCACACGAUGGGGCUAGAUACUUACUUGCCCUCUAUUUGAAUGAACCUACUCGUGAGUUAGAAUUUCAUUUUGUAUCAUUUUAUUAUUAGUUUAUUAUAUGGACAAACUCAGGUUGAAUGAAUUGUUAUAUGGUGUUGGUUACUGCAAAUGUUGGAUUUAACCCAUCUUCAGCUGAUGCAGGUUUACUGAUGCCAUUCACAAAAAUUAGGCUUUUGCACAUAAUAUCUUAUUUACAGUAUUCUCUUUUUGACAUUACACAUGUUUUCCAUUAAACAAACCGUGGAAUACUCCUCAUUUAAAAAUAAAUCUAUAUUUAUAGUGUCAGGAUAGAACUUCCACAAAAGCCAUUGGCCGACAUACGGCCCUGAAAAUUCAAGUAUAUUUCCACAAUUAAUCCAUAUGCAUGUAAUACAUCAACAGCAGUGCUGUAAAGUAUUUUUGUAGUGAUGGUAAAAUGGAGUUUACUCUACGAUCCUGUUAUCAAUCCCUCUGUAGACCACGAAAAAUGUCCAUCUUAAGCCAUCGUAAACACAUAAACAGCUUAAAGACUUUUAUUUUUGUAAAAGUAAAUGAAAACUGCCAGUCAGAAGAUCUGAGGAUGCCCAUGUUAAACUAAGCUGUCCCGUGACGAGUGUUUUACUCUGCCUUCAGUGUACUGAUGUCUGUUUGUAGAAUUACCAUAAGUGGAUUUAUCUGAUUAUGAACAGAUGUUCUUAAGGUGGAUGUUUGUUUUUUGGAUGUCUGAUUUCAUUUUAUGGCAUAAAUAUUAUUGCCACCAGAUUUUUAACAGAUUAGAAUACAGUAAUAUUUUGCAGUGCUGUUAACAAAGCCUCAGAGGGCCCAAUGGGAUUGCAUUUAAAUGUAAAAUUUACAUCAGAAUGUGAAACAGUGGCAUUUUUUUUUACCGUCAAAUACAGUAAAAUCCCUUAUUCUUCUAUUUUUGCACUUAUACUGUGAGCUAACCACCUGUUCAGUCAUGCAACGAAUGAAAUCUGAGCUUAGCUUAAAGUGUGCAAAUAAUCCAUGGAAACACUUUAAUAAAAUAAUCUUAAUUCUA